CACAAAUUGCAUAAGUGUUACAGAGGAUACAUUUCUCUCAUAUGUGAUAAAAAUAUCUCCCAGAUGAACAUAGGAGUAUCAGUUGAAAAUUUACAAUACAUUCUGUACAUAUAUAUUCAUCUAAAUGACUAUAAAUGACAUUUCUUUGUCAUCCACUGAUGGCUGUAAUCCUGUUUUUAACCUUUCCCAAAAGCCCCUCAAAUGAAUUGGUGUGGGUCCCUGUAAUAGGACCCAAAAAAUCACUAGAAUGGCUGACUCUGUGGUAAAUAUAUAUCCAAGGGAUGACAAGGAGUUAUAACCCUUCCACUCAUCUGUGUGUAUUAUAGAUCCUUGUUUCGCACCAGUCGACUGAUAAUAGGUAUUAAAGUACUUGACUUGCUAUCUGCUGUCCUCUCGAUGAAUCCUUUCUGUAGAGAGGCAUCAUAUAAACCAAUCACCCAAAUAUUAUUCGUUCGUUCUCGACCACAGUCGUAUUUUUUUCUUUAAUAAGACAGUUUCAUCUACACGUACGACGACACCUUCUCCUCCCAAUAAGGAAGUAAGCCAAUUUGUUCGCUAGGAUGCUAAAUCCCUGCAGUGCUGAUACCACUGAACCGUCGGCACGCGACUAUUUUCAGUCCCAGCAGCUGCACGUCUCACAGGCUGUUUCAAAACCCAGUGAAUACAAAUAUACAAAAUCUGGGUUAAGGAAAGAUGGAACCUAGCAAAAAAUGUUCCUAAAAAUAUUGGAAUCAUCAGCAAAAGCGGAAUAAGAGCUUAAGCUCACGUGAAUAAAAUUCGCUGGACCAUUCAAGGUCAACUGUACGACGCAAUCUAUUGGUAGUUAGUGGUACCGAAAUUUCAACUUGGCGUUUAAAUAUUUUAAGCGUACUGAAAAAACGUGACAGCAGUAAACAAUAGCUACAAAAAUGAACGGCUUGUCAAAUGACCUUGAACGGCCAAUCAUAAUAGUUUCAUGCUUAAGAGGAUUAAUUGAUUAUAAAAAUAUGCUUGAGACGAAUAGAAAUCAAUUUAAAAAGGACAGUUUUACUCUAAAAUGCUGUGAGAUUUAGGUUUUAGUAAGGGGGCAAAGCAAACGUAAAUAAGAGACAUCAAAGUCGGUUGACCUUGAAGCAACCAAUCAGAUCUCUGCCCAGCAUUACAAAUAGAUGCUGUCCAUAUAAUUUUUGUUGCACGUUUCAACCAGAUUUGCUUUUUGACUUCUGUGUGGAAAAUGGGUUGAUAGGAAAGACUAAAACAUGCAUAUAUGGAGGGAUAAUGACAACUCAGAAGUAUCGCCAAGCUGUUGAAGGUUAUCAGAUUCAGAUGCAACCACUCUUAAAUGAAGAAGUCUGUAAGAGUUGGUAUAUCUAUUCACGACCAACAUCUGUUAUACUCUGGUAUUGAACUGUUAGAUCAAACAGUAUUAUCUACGGCAAACAUCGGUCAUGGAGCAUUGUUACGUCUAAUUGUCAAAUUAAGAACUGGUCCACUAGCGAUCACAAAUCAUUCAUGUAAAACUUCUACACCAACAAUCAAUCAAAAUGGGCAUAAUAAUAAUAACAACAAUAAUAAUAUUGGAUUUAUACCAUGUAUACCUAACACUGAUCACAUUGAAGAAUCACAAUGGCUUUCCACAUUGUUAUCAUCACCGCUGUCACAAGUAGCCACAUCUACCUCUGCAUCGACUAUCUUCUUACCAUCGAUAUAUUUACCACCAGGAGUUGAUGUUAACAAUCUACCAAUAAGUGAUAAAUCAGAACCAACUUCAAAUUAUACACUAACUGAAUGCUACAAUAAUUCUGACAAUGGUGAAAAUGUCAAUUAUGAGGCAUACGAUGAUGAAAUUUGUCAAAUAGCUGAAUUUCUUGGUUAUGCAAUCGAUGAAACAGAACAAUAUCAUCAUUCAUUUAUUGAAUAUCCUGUUGUAUUAAAUGAAAAUCAAAUGGCCAAUAUUCAAAAUGAUAGCAGUGAUGAUCCAAAUGACCUUGACUAUUGUCAUCUUAAUCAACAAGAACAACAACAGUUCAAAUGUUCAAUAGCAUUGAGUGGUAAUUUCCCACAAUAUCUAACAAUACUGAAUUCUGAUUUCCACAAUUCUUCUGAAAAUAUGCAUCCAGCGAAUACUUCUAAAUGCCUUCAUGGAUUCAAGGCUAUUGAAGUACCAUCAUCUGAACGUUGUCAGUCAGCUAGUUCACUGCUUACAUCCACUCCAGCUAUGGAUACUGUCGCCUUGAAUUUAUCUUCAUCACUAUGUCAGCUAAAGUGUAAUAAUUCACACUCGAGUUUAAGAGAAACAUGUUCAUCUUCACUUGAUGUGAAUUGUACUCAUCAUUCUUUUUCAUCAUCACCGGUUACUACUGUUGAUAAUGAAUUCAAAGAGAAGAAUGUAUACAUUAGUGAUAACCUAUUGAAGGAUCAUUGUUCCAGUUCAGAUGAUCCGAUAGCCAAUACCAAAUCCGUCUUAGAAACUUCCUGUGUUACUGCUGUCGUUAGUGGUGGUUUGAAUAAGUUACAGAGUUAUUCGUCAACAAUUCCAGCCGCUAAUUAUCCCUUCUGUUUUGAUGGCAUGAUGAAGGCGGAGAAUGGUGUCAAUGGAUGGGUUAGUUCACCUUCGUUAACAACCAACAGUGAUUCAUCGGUGGUGAAUGCUUCAUUCAACUCAUUAUCAAUGAAUAGUAAACGUUGUGAUAAUAAAAAUACUGAACAGCUAUGCAAUCCAAUUAUAUUGGAUAGUGCUGUGACAAAAAUACAACAUAACACAAUUUGUGAACAAUCAGGUAAUCAAACCCACCGCACAUCAAUUCCAAAAUAUCAUCAUCCUAGUUCCACCAGUCAUGAGUCUGUUGCUAAUGACUGUGUACUAAAGGAUAAUGGUAGUCAUUUAGUUGAUCGACAAAGUGGUUUCAAUUCAAAUUCCAAUAAUCUUCAGGGACUAUCUCCUUCAUCUUCAUCAUCGGAUCUUACAUCUUCUCCUUCUGAAUGUUCUUCUUCUCCUUCCACCUCCUCGUGUACAACACUGACACAUUCGAACAGAUCCAGGUGUUAUGAGUGCAAUAGACGAACACGACUAGCCUGUGGCUUCAGUUGCCGUUGUGAACGAUGGUUUUGUGCAAGACAUCAUCAUCCAGAAGAUCAUCAGUGUAAUUUCAACUUUAAAACUAUGGUGAAUUCAGCUUAAAAUAUGGCUCUUCUUCUUUUUAUCAAUAUAUACGAUACAUACUACUGAAUUCGUCGAUGAUAUUUUUUCAUUUUAUGCCUGUUACUCUUAUGUAGGCUAAUUAAUUUAACUGUGAGAUUACUUUUUUUUUUAAAAAUAGGGAACUUUUGUUACCAGCUGAGAUUUUAUGAUGUCUCUGUAUAUUUGGUUGUUUUGUACAAAUGUUCUUCCUAUUCACAUCCUCAUUGUGACGAUGAUUUUUGGUUAUUUCUAGUCUAGUUAGUUGACAAUUCUGGGCUUAUUCCGCGGCUUGUUAGUGUUUCUAGAAUGCUUUUUACUCCAGGCUUUUCUUGUCUUCCUCCUCAUGAAGUUGAAACAGUAACGCAACUCAACUGCUUCUACUAAUCCUACAACAAACAAAUCUAAAACAUGAAGGUCAUCGGUAUGAAGUAAUUGUUGAGUAGUUUUAAACAAACACUCAUUUCAACAUUUCUUAAUUCUAUCUUUUUUUCUAUAGUCAUUAACCUGACAAUUUUUGUUAUCUUUUUCUACGUGUACUCCAUAGAAUGCCAACAGCACACCCAGUUGGCGAGAUGGUGGGGGUGAUAUGGGGGUCGGUGGCGGAGAACGUCUCACCACCUCUAUUAAAUCUCCAAAGCUUGAAACCCUGUGUUGCCCCCCUCCCCCAACUAGAUUAUUUUACGCUUGCACAACGUGUAUUGUCGGCUUGACAUUGGUUGGAUAAUCAAACGAUCAACUUCGCUGUUUAACUCUCUAGAAUACCCUCGCGAUCAUCUUCAAUUACAUUACGCAGUGUAUCUAAAUAAGCCGAAGUUGGAAUUGCUGAGCUAUUGGAUCAGGUCCCGGUACAGGUGUAUGGCCUACAAGCUCACUUUGUAAACGAAAAGUCCUGGUUGGAUAUGUGCUACUGAACAACCCCCCCCCACAACCACCACCUCAAACAACUGUCAAAUACGUCCAGCUGGUUUUCCAAUAAAAAUAGUUCCACAUGUGCUUUCUUUGUCAGUAUUAUUAUUAUUGUCGAUGUUGUUGGACAGUUGUUUUACUCAUGUAAAUCUUUUUAAAACGAAUUAGGAUAGGCGAAUUUGAUUUUAAUAUUUACAACAUUUACAGGGAUUUCGCUGUGUUGUGAUGUUUUUACUUUUUGUGUCUUCUUUCCUCUGUGUCUACAUUUGCUUCCAUAGUCAGCUGUGUUUACGUGCGUGUGUGUGUGUCUGUGUAUACAUGUGUAUCAACCGUACAUCCUUGAGCUACUUAAGAAAGGGCAAUAAAAGGCGCCAGUAGGGUGAGUGGAGUGUGGCUAAGCUAAACCAACUCGUGAAUACUGUUGUAGACACUGGACGCAUGAACUCCUGCAAGAAAUUAGCAAAUAUUAUCUCGCCUUACUGUAUCUCAUCAGGUAGGUAGAUCUAGAAGUAAUUAUAGAAGGCAGACUGUAUGCUCGAACGCCUGAGCAUACUGAGGAACUUUAAGUCAACAGCCCCAUCUUGUUGUUGUUCUUUCAUUGUUACACUGUCGUUAAUAUAUUCACUUGAUUUAAUUUUUGUAUUCACUUUCUUAUGGAACAAUAUUUUUUAGUGUAAAUGCCCUAGUUUACUAAUUAUUACCCUUGUAAUGAGAAAGUUUGCAGGAAUAUUGUGCUACCUGCUGGAAAAUUCCAUAUUUGUACGAAAAAGACAUUAUUAUUAUGAAUUCACCGCUUAUCAACUGCUUUCUGCUUCAGUGUGUUAUGGCUUUAUCGCUUUUUUCUCUUUGUAUAUUCUAGUUUGGUUUUUGUUACCGCAAUUUAUUGGUUAAGUGUUUUUAUUCAACUUUAUUUAUAAAUAUAUAUUACUUAAAUAGCGA